UGGCUGGCGGCGGCCACAUGGAAGCGCCGAGAGCCAAUCACAACGGCCGUUUCCUGCUGCACACGUUCUCGCAGCUCGCGAGAGGCACAGGCACAGCCGCCGACGAAGUCUGCGUCCCGUAGAUUUUGUCUUCUUGGCCCGGCCAAUCGGACAAGACAGGCUGGAGCGGCUAGCGUAACACUUUCUUCACAGGACGGCCCUUCACGGAUACAGUACGCUGUACUGUCUGACUUUGGACAAGUCCCUGCCAUAGGAUGAACGCGGACUUGCAGCAGCAGCAGCCUGCCGAAGGGGCGGUGGCGGGGCCCUCCUCGUCGACGGCGCCGGCCGCGUCAGUCGGCUUCAGCUACGACGAGGUGUUCCCCGCUCUCCCCGAGAAGGAGGCGCCUCUGGAGGCAGGCAGCGCGGCCGGGAGCGGGGGUGGCGGAGGUGGCGGCGCCCUGGGCCAGUGGAACCAAAAGAUGCACGUCAAGUCUUCCGUCAUCACCCAGAUCUUCCAUGUGCCGAGCGAGGAGCGCCGUUUUCGGGAGACUAGCUCGCAGCGGUUUGGAGAGCUGGGGGAGCAGGCCAAGAUCUGUGCGGACAUCAUGCGCGACACCCAGACCACCAUCGAAGUCAGCUCAUCCCGUGACCACUCGCUCACCGUGCUGGUGACGGGACGGGAGCGCAACGUGGCCCUCGCGCGGGCGCAGGUGCUCCGUGCCCUCCAGACGCAGGCUCAGGGCAGCAUCCAGAUCCCCAAGGAACACCACCGCUUCAUCCUUGGCAAAAAUGGCAAGAAGUUGGCUGAAUUGGAACAGAACACCGCCACCAAGAUCACCGUACCAAGGACGGAUGACAACUCUGACGUCAUCACGAUCAGUGGCACCAAGGAGGCCAUCGACCGGGCACGCGAUCACAUACAGAAGAUCUCCGAAGAAAAGUCAAAACACGGUGUGGAGGAGCUGAAGAUCCCCCGCAUGUACCACCCAUUCAUCGCUGGUCCGUACAACAACAGCGUGAAAGCUCUGGAGCAGGAAACGGGCACUCGCAUCCGGCUCGAUCGGGAAGAGGACAAGGUGACCAUCACGGGGGACAAAGAGAACGUGGCCAAGGCCAAGGACUCUCUCAUGGCCACCUACGAGGACCGCAAGCUGCACUGCCAGAGCGUUGGUGUCGAGGUUAAGAAGUCGCAGCACAAGUACGUCCACGGCUACCGGGGCCAGACUCUGCAGGAGCUGUUUGAGCAGACGGGCGUGUGGGUGGAGGUGCCGCCCAUGGAGAGUGAUGUGGAGACCAUCGUCCUGCGGGGCAACCCCCAGGACCUGGGGCACGCCCUCUCGCUCGUCUACGAGAAGGCCAACAGCGUGCAGACGGCCGAGGUUCCCGCCAAGAGCUGGAUGCACAAGUACAUAAUAGGCAAGAAGGGCGAGAACAUCAAGCGCAUAACGGCCGACUACCACAAGACGCACGUGGACUUCUGCGAGGACGAGAACAUGAUCCGCAUCGAGGGCCCCAAGGAGGAGCUUGAGGCUGUCAAGACUGCGCUGGAGGAGAAGGUGCGAGAGAUCCAGUCCACCAUGGACUCUGUCGAGAUCAAGGUUGACCCACAGUACCACAGGCACAUCAUUGGAAAGGCUGGCUCUAAUGUGAACAGGUUGAAGCAAGAGCUUGGCGUGACUGUGCACGUGCCGGCAGACGAGGAGAGGUCGCCGGUGGUGAGGUUGGAGGGCCCACCCGAGGGGGUGGCCCAGGCAAAGACAGAGCUGCUUGAGAUGGCUCACAAGCUUCAAAAUGAGGUGACGCGCGAGCUGUGUGUGGAGCAGCGCUUCCACCGGACACUCAUCGGAGCCAAGGGAGAGGCGAUCCAGGAUGUCCGCAGGCGCUUCAACCAGGUGAACGUUACGUUUCCGGAGCCUGGAUCACGCAACGACAAGGUCCUGAUCCGUGGUCCAAAGGAGGAUGUGGAGGCAUGCCAUAGGCACAUGAGCCAGAUCUGCCAGGAGCUGCAGGCCUCCAGCCAUCGUGUGGACCUGGUGCUCUUCAAGCAGUUCCUCAAGCACCUUCAGGGCAAGGGUCGGCCGCUGGUCCGGCGCAUCCAGCAGGAGACGGAGGCACGGAUCGACCUGCCGCUCGAGUCCAGCAACUCGGACGUGGUCAUGAUCACAGGCAAGAAAGAGAAUGUGGCCGCCGCCAAGGAUAAGCUGCUGGAGGCACAGCGCGAGCAGGCCGACGUCGUCGAGGUGCACCUGAUGAUCCCCUGCAACCUGCACAACGCCAUCAUCGGAGCCAAGGGCCGCCUCAUCCACUCAAUCAUGGAGGACUGCGGCCGUGUCCAGAUCACCUUCCCCCAGCAGGACUCUAAGAGCGACCGUGUCACCCUCAGCGGACCCAAGGACGACGUCGACAAGGCCAAGAAGCAGCUGCUCAACCUGUCCAAUGAAAAGCAAUUGUCCAGUUACACAGAGGAAGUCCGUGCGCAACCAAAACACCAUCGUUUCUUGAUCGGCAAAAAUGGCUCCAACAUUCGCAAGGUGAGGGAGAAGACCGGUGCGAGGAUCAUCUUCCCAACAGAUCGCGACGAGAACCAGGACACCAUUGUCAUCAUUGGCAAGAAGGAGGCUGUGCUGGAUGCUAAGAAGCAGCUUGAAGAAAUGAUCGAAAGCCUGGAGAAAGUUGUGGAGGAGGAGAUGCGCAUCGACCCCAAGUACCACCGCCACUUCGUGGCGCGGCGCGGCGAGGAGCUGCAGCACAUCGCCAAUGAAUUUGGCGGGGUGCAGGUGAGCUUCCCGCGCAGCGGCGACCAUAGUGAGGUGGUCACCCUCAAGGGGGCCAAGGAGUGUGUCGAGGGUGCCCGCAAGCGCAUUCUCGAGAUCGUUCAGGACCUCGAGGCCCGGGUCACCAUCGAGUGCGUCAUUCCGCAGCAGCACCACCGUACGAUCAUGGGUGCCAAAGGCCACAAGGUUCAACGCAUCAACCAGGAGUUCAACGUGCACAUCAAGUUCCCCGAGCGUGACUUCCGUGAUCGGGAGACGCUGGAGAACGGAGACGUGGCGGUGAACGGCGACGUGGCCACCGAGGAAGAGCCGAGCAAGCCGCGCAAGGAAGACCUGAUCCUGAUCACGGGCAAGCAGGAGGACUGUGAGAAGGCACGCGAGGCCCUGCUGGCUCUGGUGCCUGUCACGCAAGAGGUGGACGUUCCGUUCAAGCUUCACCGCUUCAUCAUUGGCCAGAAGGGGGCCGGGGUGCGACGGCUCAUGGAGGACCACGACGUGAACAUCACGGUGCCCCCACAGGCCGACGAGAGUGACACCCUGGUGAUCUCUGGCCUGGCCGACAACGUGGCCUCGGCCAAGGAGGCCCUGCUCGAGCGCGUCAACCAGAUCCUCGAAGAGGAAGAGGACAGGAAGCUGCGCAGCUUCCACCUGGACGUUGAGGUGGAUUCCAAGUACCACCCUAAGAUCAUUGGCUGGCGAGGUGCCGUCGUCACCAAGAUUCGCAAGGACCACAAUGUACAAGUGCAGUUCCCCGAGAAGGGCGAAAACAUCAUCACCAUCAUCGGCUACGAGAAGAACGCUUGCAGCGCUCGCGACGAGAUCCUGCGCAUCGUGAAGGAAUGGGAGGACAUGGUGACAAAGGAGAUCGAGAUCGAUCACCGGGUGCACUCCCGGCUGAUUGGGGCCAAGGGGCGCAACAUCCGGCGCCUGAUGGAGCAGCACAAGGUGGAGAUAAAGUUCCCGCGACCCGAGGACCCCAACAAGGACCUGGUGCAGGUCACAGGUGCAGAGGAAGACGUUGAGGAUGCCCUCGACUACCUGAAGCAGUUCGAGGACGAACAUCUGGAAGACAUCCUGGACCAAGAGAGCUACCACCCCGCGUCCCGCCAGGGCCAGAACAGCGGUGGCGGUGGCGGAGGAAACAACGCUCAGGGAUGGACCGAAAAGUCCCCUUCAAGCGAGGGAUUCGUUGUGAGCGGCGGGCCGUGGGAGCAGCGAGCGCCCGACACCACGAGCACGCAGGAGUUUCCCUCGUUCGGCGGCGGACCGCCUGUCGACUCUGUGCCGGCCAAGCCCGUGCCCUGGGGGCCCUCGCGCCGCUAGGCCAACAGCAGAGCCUCUCGUGCUCCACGAGCUCCUCCUUUCCCCCUCUCUUUUCGUUCGUGGCAGCCAGCCCCCCCCUCCUCGUCGGGAGUGCAACUCUCCUCCGCUUGACCUCCUUCCCCUCGUUUCUCGUUUCCACGACACUGGCCCCUUUAUCAACUCCUCCAUUCCUUGUUUCUCCCUCACAACACUGUUGUUUCCAUCUGCGACUGAAGAGGACAGAGAAGAAAACAAAAUGAAUUCGGGUCUUCCUUUUUCCGCGAUUUGCUUCUGCCGUUAAAAGAAAGAAAAGAACGGCGCGCACGGUACGUCGCAAGAGCUGUUCCGGACCAGACAUGUGAAAGAACUGUCCCUCCAAGCCUAGAUUUUCGUCCUCCCUCAUUUCUUUUUUCUUGUAAAGCCAUCCCUGUUGUCCACCUACCGUCGUAUCCCGGUCCUCCUUUUUUUUUUUCUUAUCUGUUGGCUGCAUUGCAGUGAGUGCCUACAAUCUGCCCUUCCGAACAGCAGUCAUACUGCGUCGACUGAAAGCCGUUCUCUCGUAGCUUUCACGAAGUCUUUCCUCUCUUCUUGUUUUCUUUGUAUGUGUGUUGCAGUGUGAUGUAAUGUGUGCCUGAACUGUGAUUGUUGUGUGCGUGACAGGCUUUUUUUUUUCUUCUCCUUCGCACUCGUGGUGAAAGGUAGCUACUACAUUGCAAAGUUUGCAGCGAUGAAUGAAAUGGCAAGUAGCUCGCAUUUUGCCUGGCCUUGCCCCCCCCCCUUUUUUUUUCUCGCAUUUUUUUUUUUUAAGGUUAGUUGCCAAGUCGGCCAUCAAUUUGUGUGGUGUUCUUAGUAAGUCAUUGGUUCGCAAGCCCCCUUCUCUCAUAUGCCACCCCUCUGUCCUUGUUUACUGGAAUUCCAUGCCCCACUUUUUUCUGCUUAAAGGAAACAGUUUCAUCACGGUAAAUCAUUGUUUUUGUUUCUUUACUGUUGACUACUUCAGCUCGGACACUACUACACUUCUUUGUGCUUUCAAGACUUUGUUUCCGGGGGGGAGCGGUUGUUGAUUAAACCCAAAUGGCUGCUACUGCUGUUAGUUUGCAGCUGUUUGGGGACUGUUAAGUCUUCUCAUCACUGCAGACAAAAGACUCCCUUUUGUUUGUUGCGAGAAUGUGCCGUUCACGUGUUGUCUACACGAAUGGUUGCAAGUGUGACAGGGGCCGUCUUCUCGUGUUACUUCUGUGCUUUUAACCAUAUUGUAAUGGUGUAAUGGUGUAGCUUUUUUUUUUUUUUUUCAAGAAACUGACCGACCAUGUUUGUGCUUCCGGUACUGACACUUUCUUUUCUGCCAAGUACAGGUGCCUCUUCAAAUCGCCGGACAAAACGAAAGAUCAACAUUUUCUGGGGCACUCUGGUGGGGCUGGGGGAUGGAUUUGUCUUUUAGUAAAUGUACGCGUAUAAAAAAACAGCUUGGGUGCAUCUGUUUAAACUGGCCUCUCACAUAGAGCUGCUUUCUUCUCUUGAUUGUUUUACUUCACUGCUGUCCAUGUUAAAUUUUUUUCUUUUUUCUGUACCCCGCACUUAUCAAUUCAAAUUCAACUGGUAGCACUCUAAAUUUGACUUCAUAAAAAGUCUAAAAGUGCUGCGAACAGUCUUGAUUGUCGCAAGUCAAGUUUUAUAUUGUGUAGGUUUUGUAUUUUUCAGCAACUGUGGCGAAAGAAAACUCGGUCCCCCUCACCCCUCCUGCUCCCCACUUAUUUUUGUCAUGUGUUGUUUUUUUUUUUUGUGUGAAGCAGCUGCUGUUAAAUUAAGUUCACAAGGUUUUUUUUUAUCUCUGUUAGUAGAGCAUACAACUACGGUUAGAUGGUUUUAGUGUUGCUUUGUGCAGUUUGCUGGAAAUUAGCGUGUACAAAAGAAGCUGCUUUCUCUGCAAAAGUUGUCCAAGCCUUCCACAGGUACUCGUGUACCACUGAAAUGCGUAAACUCUUUUCUGUAGUCUUUAUUUUUUUUCUUUUUUGUCGUAUGGUGUGAGUGUCUUCGGCAAACAAAGCACAAGUUGUGUACGGCAAUGCUCAAGUUUUUCUGGGUGCAAAUGAGACAACCUAAGCUCAGAUGCUCCUAAAGAACCCCUUAUUAUUAUUAUUUUUUUUUUUUUGCAGUCUCUUCGUUUUAACGCUGUACAGAAAAAAGCCUGAUCGUUUUCUUUCCUUACACGCAUUUUCUUAAAAGCCCCCGCCUUUUCAACAUUGUUAGUUGGUGCAGCGAAAUUGUUUUUGCUUGCUCAUGCGAGUGUGUUGGAGUACUCCAUGCUUAAUUUUUUUUUUUUUAUCUUAGCUCCCAAGUUGUGUGCAAUGUUUGCAACUCCGAUCAAGUCUGUAACAAGUUGUGCUGGAUGUAGCACUUCUUUGUUCCACCCCCCUCGUCCCCCCCCCCUCCGUCCCAUUCUUUUAACCCUUCAAAACAUUUUGUGGAGAACUUUCGAAUGGUAGUCACAAGCAUUUUAGCAGAAAAGAAAGUGAGAUUAAGUGCGGCUGUCUGAAAACUUUCUAUCUUUCUCUCGGGGGCAGUGAACCACAAUGUGUCGCUGUGUGACGGUGACAAAAGCAAAGCGUUGUCGAAGAAUGUCCCUUACGCCUCCCACUGUGUGGCGGCUUGGGUUGAGGGUCCUAGUUGGGGGCAAGUUUCUAUGCAGUCUUUUGUGCCAGUCGUUGUAUAUUCUAAAAGAGGUAUAUUGAUCUAUAAAAGGGGAAUAAAAAAAAUGUUACAAAA